CCUUACUCGAACCCCGCAUAAGCUGACCAACCUCAUCAUAGCUUCCAUGGGUAAGAAAGUGAAACGGAUGGCCGAGUCCAAGACUCUCCUUAAGGAGAUUGCAGAGCUUUUCAAUAAAUCAGACCAUGCCGACGUCAAAAUUCGUAUCGGCGAGUUCGAGUUGCCGGCCCACGGCUUAGUCCUAGCGGCUCACAGCCCAUACUUCAAGAACGCCCUCAAGGGCAACUUCCAAGAAAGCGAGAGCAAGACGUUUGAGUUCCGCGAAGGAAGUGCACAUGCGGAGAGGUCCGACUGUUUCACUCCAUCAUGCAAGCUCUGCGGACACGAGGCAACAGAAUCACUCUCUUCUGGCUUCCAUCAGCGAUAGAGUCAGACCUGGCGCAAGCGGCCAAAGCAGCAGCAAAAGACAGUACGCGACCGAACAAGACACCGCAGAAACGACCGGCCAGAGCCUACUCGACGGCACUUAGGAUCGCUUUACAGAGCGUGCGACAGAA